AUGGGGAAUUUCAGACAAGUAAAUAUUCUCGUUGUUCUUGCUGGGAUUUCAGCAAUUCUACCGGGACAGCUGGCAUUACCAGAGCAUCCAAUAACUUCUGGUCAUGAUUCUGGUUAGUGACCUUAUUUAUUACAAUGUUAUUAUCGUUAAAUACUCUUGCCUUGCCAUUAGGCAUUAUACAGUGUGUAUCAAAAUAAUUCGAAUCCAAAUUUGGCGUGUAAUAAUGCAGAAUAUAUUUGACAAAUUCGGUUGGUUUUUACACCAUUGUUAAGUUAAUUUAUUUACCUUUCAAAUGACAUGCUGUACGCAUCAUUUAGUUGGAAAAUGAAGGAGUAUUGCUUUGACAAAAAAAGUCCAUAAAAAUCACAAUUUUCCCCCGAUGGGAAUUGGACAUUUUUUCUUUCAAAGUUAGUCCCACAAGGCUUUGAAAUGCUAAUCAUUGCUGAAAACUAAAAUGCAAAUUUAACGCGAAUUUCUUCUCGUUCAACAUGUUGAAGGCAUAGGAGCUUAAAUCUCUUUAAAUGAACACGAAUUUAUGUAAAUUUUGCUACAUAACAGUUUGUUGAUUAAUUAAAUUUGCAUUAUCUUUUGUUUGUACGUCUCACUUCGAAUUCCCAUUGGCGGAAAAAUUUGAUUUCGAGCAACCAGUUUUAACACACGAUUUCUUGGUCAUUUUUGAUCUUAUUGAUAUAAGAACGAUAUAAUCGGAAACCUAAUAGGCUAUUCUUUAUUGCCAUAUAAAAAUUAUAUGGUUUACUUUAGUAUUUUAUAAACAGCAGUCUGUCAAAUUUGGAUUCGAAUUAUUUUGAUACACAUUGAUAUAUAAAUACAUUAUUACUAAUCAUUUCUUUACAAUGUAGUUUUUUCAAUUGUUGAAGAGUAUUUCAAAAGGAAUUUGUCGUAUUCGGAGAUGUUGGAUUUAUUGUUUCUGUACCACGGUAUUGCCUGGAGGUUAGCAUAAUAGCAUUCAAAAGUUAAAUAUAUAUUGUUCUUAUAGUCUAUAGAGUUAUAUAUUAGUUAUUUGUAUAUAUUAUCAGUGAUUUAAGUAGCCAGUUGUAAAUAACCUUUAAUAUGUGAGUGAGAUUUAGAAUUGUAUAUAUAAGCUAAAUAUUCAUUUAAUAUAUUAUAAUGUAGCUGCAAACAUAAUUAUUAUAUUUUAACAUUUCUAGCCUUGAUCAAUUAAAAUAUGUUCUCAAGAAAUUGAAUUUAAGGAGAUACAACACUCAAAGUACUGAUAAAGAAGUUGGUUCGGCCAUUCUGGUAUGCAUGCUUUGGUGAAAGGGGCAGUGUCACACUAUAUGUGCAGCCCAAAGUCAAAGACAAAGUGUCGUUUCUAUUAUAUAAACUUACUGCAAUAGUCAGGCAGAUACAAGGCGGAAAAAAACUCGGCACCAUAUCGAGGGGCAAUUCAAUUUGUCCUUCAUUUUGUGCCCUGAAGACUAGUAAUUAAGUACAUUUUUGUAUGUCAGCGGCGUUAAAAUAUCUUGUAGACUGUUGCCGACAUGUUUUUCUUCAGAUUUUGUAUUAAACUCUAUUACAGUUAAAAAAUGUGAAAUUUCAGAUACAUUUCUAAUACAAAUACUUGCAUCAAUCGAAAGCUUACAAAAAACUACAUACAAGACAUUUAAAUGGUUAACUGGGAUUUAAGUGGUUUUCGAGUUGUUGCUUUUUCAAAUGUGGAAAGUAACUGAAAAGUCAAAUCUCGCAAAAAUCCUUGGUACAAGACUUAAAACACGCUUUCAAAAUGCUUUCUACAGUUCAUAACUAAACAAGAACUUGUUAAACCAUGGUAACCAUAUAAAUGUCUUAUAAUUUUUAUGUAGUUUUUUGCAAGUUUUAAUUAUGUUCAUCAUUUUUGUUAGUAAUGUAUUUGAAAUUUCACAUUUUUAAUUUUUUAUCCCAUAUAGAGUAUUACAAUAUGCGAAGAAAAACUUAUGUGUUGACAGGAGCCUACAAGAAAUUUUAACACCGCCGAUAUACAGAAACGUACUUACUAGCCUUCAGUGCACAAUAUGAAUGCAAAAUGUAAUUGCCCCUUGAUUUAGUAAGUUUUCCGUAAUUUUUGUUCCUCUAUGAAUCCAUCUGCCUGACGAAGUUAUUUUGAUUGACGUUCUAUAGAGUUAAUUAUAACGGAGGGUCAGUUAUUAAUCUAGGCAGGGUUCCUAUCGUAUUUUUAUAGGCUGAGCUGAACGGUCCAGGUUGUCAGAAGAAACAACUUGAAUUGAUUGCAGAGCGAACAUGGCCACGGAACGGAUAA